AUGGACCGUGCCACAGACGGGAACUCGACCCUUUACGACGACAACUCCCAGGUCCAGACCACUUCAGAUACUAUAUCGAUACACAGCUCGCAGCAACAAGAGGCCCCGCAAGAUGCAAUACAAGAGAAGGAGCAGCAGGUGAUUGAGGAGAGCGAGAAGCCAGGAGCACCGUUGGAGCCUUCGAAGAGUCGACCGAGCAUCAAUAAUGCGGCCGCGAUACCUAAUGGAGGGGUAACGGCGUGGUUGCAGGUCGUUGGGGCUUUCUUCUUGUUCUUUAAUAGCUGGGGCAUCAUCAACACCUUCGGCUCCUACCAAGCCUACUACGAGACCAACCUCCUCACCAGCGCCAAUCCCAGCGCCAUCUCCUGGAUCGGCUCCAUCCAAGCCUUCCUCCUCCUCGUCGUCGGCAUGAUCUGCGGCCCCCUCUACGACCGCGGCUACUUCCGCGGUCUCCUCCUCGGCGGCUCCUUCCUCCUCGUCUUCGGCCAGAUGAUGCUGUCCUUAUGCACGCAGUACUACCAAGUCCUCCUUGCGCAGGCCAUCUGCAUCGGCCUUGGCUGCGGGUGUCUCUUCAUCCCCUCCGUGGCCAUCCUGAGCACGUACUUCACGACGAAGAUCGCGACGGCGGUGGGGCUUGCUGCGAGCGGAAGUAGCCUGGGCGGUGUGGUGUAUCCGAUUGUGUUCCACAAGUUGCUCCCGCAGAUUGGCUUCGCGUGGACGACGCGCGUAAUCGGCUUCAUCAUCCUCGCGACCAUGCUCAUCCCCAACGCCGUCAUGCGCGUGCGCGUGCUCCCCGCUACAUCGCGCUCCCUGAUUGACGUCUCCGCCUUCCGCAUCCCAGCGUACUCCCUGAUGGUGGUCGGCUUCUUCAUCGGCUUCAUGGGGCUCUACAUGCCCUUCUUCUACGCGCAGGUGUACGCCCUCACCGCCCGCAUCACCGACGCAAAUCUCGGCUUCUACCUCCUCGCCAUCAUGAACAGCACCUCCGUCUUCGGCCGUAUCAUCCCGAACUACCUCGCCGACCAACUCGGCCCCUUCAACGUCGUCAUCCCCUGCACCGCCAUAUCCGCGCUCCUGUGCUUCUGCUUCAUCGCCACGCACAACGCGCCGGGCAUCAUUGCGCUGAUGGCGUUUUACGGCUUCUUCUCAGGCACGUUUGUGAGUUUGCCGCCGACGAUCAUUGUGCACUUGAGCUUGAAGGAGAGGGGGAAAAUUGGGACACGCAUGGGCCAGAGCUUCGGCGUUAUCGCGGUGGGGUUGCUCAUUGGGACGCCGAUUGGGGGCGCGAUUCUGGAUCGGAGCGGCUUUUGGGCGGUGUGGGUGUAUGGCGGGGUCAUGUUAGGGGCGAGUGUGGGGUUGCUUUGGGCGGCGCGGAUAUCAUCGGGUAUCAUCUCAGCCGUAGCGCUACUCUUCCUCUUCAACCUCCUCGUCCUGCUGCGCCCGCGAGCUCCCCCCCGCGGUGCUACUCCGUGGCUGCACGCGAUCUGCCUUCUCUCCAACAUACGUCGUCCCCGUCCAGCCCGUCUUGCACUUCGGGCACCGUCUCGCGCCACCCCCUUGCCCCGCAAAGAACUGAUUCGCACACCUGCUAUGCCAUCUGACGCCGCAGUCCCUAUCAUCGCACCGCAGCCCGAUCGUCACAACCUCCUGGCACCCCUCGCAGUCCCUUAUCCUGACGAUGGGCUCGGUUUCUUCGUCCUCGUCGUCGUCGGGCAUCUCGUUCACGCGCUGGCACUCUGCGUGGCCGAUGCUUUUAACAUUUGCCUCGACCUGCGCGGCCUCCUCGUCCUCGAGCUGCGUUGCGGCCUGGCUCUGGCGGUUCCGCGCGGGCGCUUUGGCGAGCUGGGUCGCGCGCAUCUGCUUCACAGCCAUGAUCUCGCGUGUGCGGGUGUUGUUCUCAUCAAACAUGGCGUCGAGGAGGCGCUUGAUGUAUGCGAUUUCGUCCGGGGUGAAGGACGUCGCGAGCUGCGUGAAGGUGUCCGACGACGUGUUGACGAGGGCGUAGGUGCGGUCGCCUUUUGUCUGGUCGCGGGCGGAGCGGAUCUCGAAGUCGAAGGGUGA